AAAAACCAUGUCAUCUCGUAAAAACAAAAAGAUUCCACCAUCUAAAAAAAAUUCUCCAAACAAUGCACCAUCUAAAAAAAAUUCUCCAAACAAUGCACCGUCUAAAAAUAUUCUUCCAAACAAUACACCAUCUAAUAAUAUUUCUCCAAACAAUGCACCAUCUAAUAAUAUUGAUCCUUUAACAGCUUUCGCACCUAAUAGAAAUCUUCGAUCUGCUUCUCGAAAGGUGCAAAAACAACCAGUUUUACCAUCAAAUAAUAAUAAAGAUGAUAAUAACAAUGGUUCAGUUUUGAAUAACACUAGCAAUAUAAAUCGUAAAGCGUCAAGAUCCGAAUCUAGCGGACUCAGCGGUAGAACAUCAUCUGAAUCCAUUAAUAGGACGUUAUCUACUUCAACUUCUGGCUUUAAGAAUACCUUGGUUAAAUCGUGCAAUGAUCUUUUCCAAACUGACAAAAAUCCUACAGAUGAAAGUAUGCGGGAAGCAAUUUAUACAGCUUUAGUUAAUGAACAUCCAGAUGAAGUUGAAAAAAUAGAAAAGACUAAAGAUGGAUGGUUCAGAUGUGCGUAUGAAAAUCUUUGGAACGGCGUAGAUGAAAGUGGCAAUGAUCCUUGUGAUACUUAUAUUAGCUGUAUCACUAAAGAAGUUCUGAAAUCUAAUGAACGUACUAGUAAUAACUGUUUGUUUAUUAUAGCUAUUGUAGAUUUAAUGUUUGAUCCUAACAUUCAGACUACAGUACUCUCUGGUGAAUCAAUAAUUAAAUGUAUGGCUGAAAAAGCCAAAGCUAAUGAGGAUAUGGAAUUACAACAGAAAUCCAAUGAAUUAGACGAUGAGGAAGCCGAGAAUGAAAAUUAUAAAAAAGAUAUGAAUAUGAGGUCUAUACUGAUAGAGUAA